AUGACGACCACUGUCAUGCCUGGGGAGUUGGUGUUGGAGGAGUCCAUGAGUCGGGCUGAGCGUGAGUUUGAGGCGCAUCAGGUCCGUGCAGUUGCUGUCAUGACUCGUGCGCAACGGUUGCGGGCAUCCGCUGCUGAGGUGGCGGUGGCUGCUAGUGGUGAGCCUCCGUCUGAGGAACCGGCGUUCUUGUUGGCCAGACCUCGGGAGCAGUUGGCAGCAUCUGGGGUGGAUGCAUCUCCUGGGUUGCCGGUUUUUGGUCCGCGCACAGAAAGGAAGUUUCUCGAAGACGUGCAAUGUGGGCUGUAUGGUAUUGAAGUGGGAGGUCUUGUUGUCAUGCGUGUCUUGCGUUACACGCAUGAGCUAUUCUCUCAUGUCGCACCGGAUCGCUUAAUCCAUCUCGUGAAAGAGUUGUGGGGUUGGACUGGCUUGCGGGCGGGUGCAGUGUGA